CCGCAGCCUAUGAUUGUACUGUAAAUACUAUGAGCUCUGCCUCCUUCACCUCUUGCUUCUGCAGCGAUGAAACAGAGGAGACAAUCCAGACAAACCUUGUGGAUGUGCCAUAAAACCGUUUGUUAGAGAGCUGAGAUAUUUAUUCUGUAGUUAGUUAGCCUUGGUGAGCGAAGAUACGAAGCUAUAUCUGCGUGUGAGAGGAGAAACCUGAGCCAAAGGGGGGUUUGUGUCGGCCCACUGCAGUGUGAAUCACCGCAGACUCGCCCCACCGCUGGUUCAUCAUCAUCAUCGACGACAUUUGCCCAUCGACAUCCUCUCGGAGGCAGAUAACAACGGGGAAAGGUGUUUGACCCUCUGCCGCAGCUCCAAAGGUGCGCUGCUUGGCAACGGCUUGCUAAAUAAUGAGCCAAAGGGACACACUGGUUCAUUUGUUCGCUGGAGGAUGUGGUGGCACAGUGGGCGCAAUUUUGACUUGUCCUCUGGAGGUUGUGAAGACCAGACUUCAGUCCUCGUCCAUCACUCUCUACAUCUCUGAAGUCCAGCUCAACACCGUCAAUGGAACCAGUGUGGCCCGUGUCGCUCCACCAGGGCCUCUGCACUGUCUCAAGUUAAUUCUAGAGAGAGAGGGACCCCGUUCACUCUUCAGAGGACUUGGACCCAAUCUUGUGGGUGUGGCACCUUCCAGGGCGAUCUACUUUGCGGCCUAUUCAACAGCCAAGGAGAAGCUGAAUGGCGUGCUGGAGCCAGACUCUACCCAAGUGCACAUGGUGUCGGCUGGGCUGGCAGGGUUCACCGCCAUCACAGCCACCAAUCCCAUCUGGCUGAUUAAGACCCGUCUGCAGCUGGAAACCAGAACCCGGGGCCAGCGGCGAAUGAAUGCAUUUGAGUGCGUGCGGCGGGUGUACCAGAUGGACGGCCUGCGAGGUUUCUACAGGGGCAUGUCGGCCUCGUACGCCGGCAUCUCUGAGACUGUCAUCCAUUUUGUCAUCUACGAGAGCAUCAAACGUAAACUGCUGGAGUCCAAGGCCCACGCCAGCAUGGACGAAGAGGAAGAGUCUGUCAAGGAUGCCUCAGACUUUGUGGGCAUGAUGCUCGCAGCGGCCACCUCCAAGACCUGUGCCACCUCCAUCGCCUACCCUCAUGAGGUGAUCCGCACACGGCUACGAGAGGAAGGCAGCAAGUAUCGCUCUUUCUUCCAAACGCUGCUGACGGUACCCAGGGAGGAGGGAUACCGGGCGCUGUACCGCGGCCUAACCACCCACCUCGUCAGACAGAUCCCCAACACCGCCAUCAUGAUGUGCACCUACGAAGUGGUGAUCUACCUGUUCGGCCGUUAGCCCACCAGCUGUGUCUCCUUCCUGUUUAAAGAGGGAGCAAAUGACUGAGAAGGAAGCUGUUUGGCGAGGGAGCGCAAGGACAAAAUGUCAAAAUGAAGACCAAAGGAAAACCGAAAAAUACUCUAAUGGACCAGAAGAGGAAGAACGGACAAAAGAUGAAGAAAUAGGAGGGAGGAAAGCCCUUUGUUACCAUAUCAGCAUCAUCACCUCCAGUUCCCUUUAUCAGAUUGAACAGAUAGAGGGCGCUACAGUUCACAGAAGAGCGAGAGAAAGGAGGCACUGACAGGAAAGACACAGAAAGAGUUUGGCACCUGUUAAACUAACGGUACCUCCUGAAGGAAAAGAUUUUAAGCACAACUCAGUGGCCUUAACGGAAAGGGUUUUAGUUUUGUGUGAAGAGUGAAAAACGGCCUUUGUCACUGUCGGAUAGAGAUCAUAUUGUUAAAAGGGGGAAUGCUUGGAGGCAACUGAUUUUGACAGGAGAGAUGAGAAUUAAAUGUAGAUCAAUUUCACUCUACUUGGCACUAUUUGUCUGCACUGAUGUUGCUUCAGUGCUGUGAGACUACUGUACCAUCAGAUGACAGGAAUGUUAAUUUAAAAGCAGAAUGUCAGAAGGAAGUUGAAACUAAGACAUCAGUCUGUUUUGAAGUCAACUGAACCGCACAGCUUUGCACUACAGAAAGUGUUGCUUCAAGCAUUCCCCUCUGAACAUCCCCCCCCCCACAAUGGCCUGAAGUUCAUAGAGAUCUAAGUGUGCUAACCGACCACACAAGAAAAUACAAUGAUGAGCUUGUGACGGCCUGUCAGUCAUGCCCCAGAAACCAGCUUGUGUUUAUAUAGAGUAGGUUGAAAAGCUGACAUUCAGUGUUUUAUUCCUCUAUAACUCGGUGCCUGGUGGUGACACGCUGCGGGCGAAGUUGACCUUCUGUGUUUCUCUUUUUUAAAACCAAAAUAAGAUUGGUAUACAAGGGCCAACUUCUGCCUGCAACCCAGUCACCGCUCAGGACUUUAAAAAUCUUGUGUGAAAACAUGAGACCAACGUGUCCUUUUUUUUUUUUUGAGAUGUGAAGUGUGAUUGUCCAAAAAGUUACCGAGACUUAUCUACUAUUGGAGUGCCACUACUUGAAUAUAAUGUGAUGGUGUGGGGAAAUGUUGGGAGUGGGAGAAUGUUGAAGGACUUUCAUUAUCACAUCAUAACCUAUGUGUGUGUGUGUGUGUGUGUGUGUGUGUGUGUGAGAGUGUGUGUGUGUGUGUGCGUCUAACAUGUUGGUCACCUUCACCAUGAUGAUCUAACCAUGUUCAAGAAUGUGUUUGUGCAUCUGCGGUCAUGUGUGCCUGCAUGUCUAAUUACUAUCUACUCCAGAUUUCCCUCCACUAACUAUUAAUCUUGCAAGACACUGUGGUUGGGAGUGUGGAAAAGCUCCAUACUGGCAGCUUUCAUUCCCACUCUCAAUGCCUGUCCUUCCUUCCAGUGGCUUCCAACUGACCUGAUAACAUGCACUUUUGUGGCCUUUUCGGGCUUGUGCUUUGCAUUUUAUUGUGUGGACAGUUUGAACUUGUACAUUGUAAAAGAAAAAAAUAGUAUUACUGUAUAUCAAAAUGGUAUUUUGCGCAACUGUUCUUAUAGCAGAUAUAUUGUACAGUUUAGAGUUCUCAGUAGUUGUGAAGGAUGUCCAAAUGUGUGUAUAUAAUAUAGAUACUGUAUAUGCAUAUCAUUUAUUGUUUAUGUUCUUAGGCCCAUCAUGCUGUAGUUUGCAUUUGCAAUUUCAUUUUUGUGCAAUUUAACCUUGUUUGACAUUGACUGUUGACAUGAAUAUUGAUAUUGCUUGACUGAUUUUUUUCUUACAGUAUAAACUGUGAGUUUAUGUGUAUGUUGCUGUAAGCCGUCAUUUUUCUGUGCUAACACUAAGGCUAACAAAUGCUGCAGGACAAAUACUUUAACGUGAGCAUUUGUGCCGCAGCGUCGGUUGGUUGGUUAGUCGUUUUACCGCGUUCAUAAAAAGUGUUCCAUUUUGCAAAGUUUGGAUGUUUCAUUGGUAAUGUUUACAUCGUUCAUUACUCUCUGUCAGAGUUUAGGUUCUCUUAGCAAAAUGUUUUGAAUUUGAAGAUGGAAGUAUUUAAAUGUGAGAGUUCAACAACUGGAAUUAUCUUUUUACAACACCGAACAGAGUUGGGAUUAUUGAAAACAAAGAAAAUGCUAUCUGUUACUGAAGAGGGUUGUUGGUAAAAACAGUCAAUUUACUACUUUUUAAACGAUCAGUUCAAUAUACAGUAGCAUACAUAAAGAAUCUUUUGGGAAAAUUUGGUACACAAGUUUGUUUCAAAUUAAAUCAAAGCACCUUAUCAAAUUUGACCUUAACAACUUUUAUAUUAUUAAUAAUCAAAACAUCCUUUUACAUGACAUUUAAAACUUCUGAGCAUAGAAAAGCCCUCUCUUAGCAGCCGCUGUGGUCUCGGUGCACACUCAUUCUCCACAUGGAAAUGAUAAAGUCUUCACAGUUUCCAUGUUGAAACAAAAGUAUUGUGUUUAUUUCACCAAUUACAGUGAAUCUGGUGCGUUCAUGCGUGCUGCUCUUGAACGCUCUCAUUUUCCCCCCUUGUUGCAACCUCAUUUCAGAGGCAAACCGAAGCCUGUGUUGUAACGUGUAAUAGUUAUUGAUUUCCAAGUCUCCAUUGACAUGUUGCUAGCCCAUAGUUGCUGUCGGUGCUUGGAAAAAAAAACUUGCUGACUCAUUUUAACGUCCAUGUUUUCCUGUAAAACACUAAUCGCUUUUAUGUCUUUUGGCUCCAUUGCAGCAAUACAUGAGGUCAAAUUACCAAAAUGUGAAGACAACUGGACAAACAGUGCAAACAUUUCACUUUAUUUUGUACCUCUCGUUUCAGCGUUUGUAUGCAAUUCCAUAUCUUUGUCCUGUAUGCUUGGACAGGAUGCUGCCUCAUGCAGGGUUGAAUGAAACCUGGAAGAUUGGUUUUUGUCAGCUCAAUCGUUGAUGUAUUUUUGUUUGUUUGUUUUUUAAACACAAAAGUAAAUAAAAAUCCACUUGCAACUAAAA